CCUGGCGACCGCCCAUUUUAAAUUUGCGGAUUACGUGUGUAUGUAUUGCUGUCCAAAAAAUUUCUUGUCGGAAAAAUCGAAGUGUUUCUUUUUGUUUGCCAAGUUAAUAUUGCGUUGUGCAUUUGACACAAUUUAAUAUUCAAACCGACAGGUCCGGUAAAUGACGAACAUAAUUUCGUAAAAGACAUUAAUGUUAAAAAUUAAUGAAGUAUUUGUGCCGUUUCUCCAACAUUCAAUAUGUCAGGAACUAAAGUGGAUGUAACGCCAACUGGCGACAUGGCACCAGAUCCGACAGGAUUUCGGUAUAACAGCUAUGCCACCAAGAAGACGUUGGCCAAAGGCCUGUUGGAUAUCAGUCUCCUAAUGGCCAACGCCUCGCAGCUGAAAUCCCUCAUCAGUCUUGGCCCUGGUACUGACUAUUACUACGCCAAUAUGGUGAUGAUUAGCCUGUCUAUCGUGCUACAGAUAAUCACAGGCAUACUGCUGCUGGUGUUGGGCAGUAUGGAGGGCAAGGAUCUGGAGGGGAAGAAGGCAGCUGAUAAACUGAACAACGUCACGGUCGGCUUCGUGUUCGCUAUAACCGUCAUUAACUUGUUUGUGGCCGCGUUCGGGAUUAAACUAAGUGAGAGAUAAAUGCUUACUUAAUAUGUGACUAAAUCAAAUAUCAUGUGAACUCUGUAUUAUUGUAAUUGAUUUAUCUCGAAUUUUUCGAAUUUGUAUUCUCGUAUUCAUAAUUCUAUCUCAGCACCUUCUUUGUAUUAUAUAUGUAUAAAUAUAUUUAAAUUACCGUAUUUGUAACUAAUUAGAACUUUCAUU